AUGGCUGAUGUGAAAGAUGGAAAGGAGACCAGCGCUGUCCUGACCUCCCACUCGGGAGCACAGGCUCCAUGCCAGGGGCUUGGAAUGUUCUCUCUCCGGAAGUGGCGCACAGUGGCCAUGUGGGUCGGGAACGUGGAGUGCGAUAUGUGUGCUCUCUGCAGGGUACAGGUGGCAGUGGUCUGGGGAGGAGACCAUCAUUCCUUUCACAACUGCUGCAGGUCCCUGUGGGUAAAGCAGAACAACUGCUGCCCUCUGCGCCAGCCAGACUGGGUGGCCCAGAGAAUUGGCAAGUGA